AUGGAUAUGAGAGGAGGCAGAACUUAUAAAGACGCUAUUGCUGCGUUGAAUACGCUCCAGUCGAACUUCGCAUCGCUCGAGGCAAAGCGUCAGAUCGGCCCGUCUGUCAACAAGAAUGAGUACUCCAUCAAGGUGGUGUAUGAAUAUAUUAGAAGAUUGGGAUACUCGCCCAAAGACUUUAAUCGUCUCAAUGUCAUCCAUGUCACCGGAACCAAAGGCAAAGGUAGUACGUGUGCGUUCACUGAGUCGAUUCUUCUCCAAUACGUUGCCAAUGGCGGUGGGCCUGGAGGUAUAAAAAAGGUGGGACUCUUCACAUCACCGCAUUUGAAGUCUGUACGGGAGCGGAUCAGAAUAGAUGGUAAACCAAUUAAUGAGCUGCUUUUCACCCGGUACUUCUUCGAGGUCUGGGACAAGUUGUCUAACACGACAUCUGAUGCUGACGAGUUCCCUGACCUUGAGCCGUACGACGUGGUGAAACCCAUGUAUUUCAAGUAUUUGACGAUAUUGUCGUUUCACAUUUUUAUGAGUGAAGGCGUCAACACCGCCAUUUACGAGGUGGGUGUAGGAGGUAAAUACGACUCGACCAAUAUUGUGGAGGCACCUACCGCCACCGGGGUCUCAGCCUUGGGGGUGGACCACGUAGCGAUGUUGGGUAGUACUAUUGAUCUGAUCACCUGGAACAAAACGGGGAUCUUCAAACGGGGGUCGCCUGCGUUCAGCAGCGUCCAGCACGAGUACCCGCAAACACACCAGCAGAUUACCGAGCGGGCAGAAGAGCUUGGGGCCAGUUCAAUUGAAUUUGUCGAUGGGGUUAGUGUGGCGGGAGUUCGACUCGGGCUCCAGGGCGAAUUCCAGCGCGACAACGCCGCCUUGGCGGUGAAGCUCGCGGCAGCGCACCUUGCGCAUCUCGGGGUCACCGACCUUCCGUCUUCUGACUUACUGUACUUGCCAGCCCCGUUCAAAGAGGGUUUGGCACGGGCCCAGUGGGACGGGCGGUGCCAGGUGAUUGAUCACAAACCUGGUUUUGAGGGUCUUUCGUUCUAUAUCGAUGGUGCUCAUACCCUUGAAUCGAUUAAUGUGUGCACCAGCUGGCUCGCUACCCGUAGUGAAUUUGGCGGUGCCGGCAGCCGGAGAAAAGUGCUUUUGUUCAACCAGCAGGGAAGAGAUAAUGCUAACCAGCUUUUGACCCAGUUGUAUGACAACUUGCACGGGCGAGUUCUGUUUGAUACGGUGGUAUUUACCACCAAUAUCACCUGGGCCAGCGGAUACAACGCCGAGUUGGUGUCGAUGAACAAUUCGCAGGCGGCCAUUGAUACCUUGUCGGUCCAGAAGGGGUUUGCUGAGGUAUGGGAACAGAGGGAUGCUAAGUACGGGAAGAAGACGGAAAUUAAAGUGUUUAAAGAGAUUGAAGCGGGCUUAAACUCUCUUAAACUGUUGGCACCAGCCGAUGUGUUUGUAGUGGGAUCUUUGCAUUUGGUGGGAGGAGUUUUGAGUGUUUUGGAUGGAGAUAGAGAUUAG